UCCAUAUACGAACUUUUUCGAUUCUCUCUAUUUCUGUUUAAUGAUUCGAAAAUCAAACGACUUCAAUCGCCGGAUUCUGUCGUUACCGGCGAUUCAACCAUGCGAAUGCACAUCUCCCGCGACGUUGUUGACGUCUUUGAUCAAUAUCAGUCGAAACAUCUGCGGCUACAGAUCGGAGUUCUUCGGUAGCAACAAGCGAAACGCCAUUAAAGCGAUUCGCCAAAUCGAAAUCCUUCUGAUGUUCUUUGAAGAAAUUCAAGGUCGAAAAGCGGAAGAUCUGUCGGAUUCUGUUGUUUUAAUCUUACUGGAGCUCCAUUUUAUCUUCCAGAAGCUUCUGUUUCUUUUGGAGGAUUGUGCCCUAGAAGGUGCUCGUUUGUUCAUGCUUAUGAAAUCGGAGUUCGUCGCGAAUCGGUUCCAGGUUUUGAUCCGAUCCGUCGCUUUGGCUCUGGAGAUUUUGCCUUUGGAUUCGAUCGAUUUGCCUAUCGAAGUCGUCGAGUUUGUGGAAUUAGCGACGAAACAAACACGAAAGAUGAAAUUUCAAAUCGAUCGCGAAGAUGAAGAGAUUCUCAUCGAGGUAAGAUCAAUUCUAGCUGUUUUCGAUUGCCGUGUUACUCCGGAUAAUACUCAAAUCAAACGAUUUCUUGAUUAUAUUGGGAUUAAAACAUGGAGUUUAUGCAAUAAGGAGGUGAAAUUCUUGGAGUCGGAAAUUGAAAUCGAAUGGUCGGCUCACGAGAAGCUAGAGUUUUCCUUUUUAAGCAAAUUGAUUGGUUUGAUGAACUACUGUCGAUGCAUAUUAUUUGAUGUUAUCGAUUACGAAGCAGUUCCGCUUGUCCAUCGAUAUGGAGCCGAAAUCAUCGAUUGUUUUAACCACGAUGAUUUUCGAUGCCCAAUCUCGUUGGAUUUCAUGAUUGAUCCAGUAACAGUAGGAACAGGGCAGACAUAUGAUCGCUCUUCGAUUCAAAAAUGGUUGAGGGCUGGAAAUUCCACCUGCCCUAAAACAGGGGAGAGAUUGAAGAACAGAGAGUUAGUCCCCAAUUUAGCUCUCCGUCGGAUAAUUCGGCGAUACUGUUCUAAACAUUCAACCCCUUAUCCAGAAUCAAGCAAACAAAAACGCAACAUAACGAGAACAAUUGUUGCAGGUAGCUCAACAGCCGAGAAGAUCGUUUGGGUUUUGGCGAAAUAUUUAGCUCGCCUUCUGGAAACAGGAACGCCAAACGAGAAGAACAAAGCCGCUUAUGAGAUCAAACUUCUAUCCAAAUCAAGCAUUUUUUAUCGGUCUUACUUGGUGGAAGUUGGUCUGAUUCCAAAUUUAUUAAAGCUUUUGAGAUCAUCAGAUGGUUUGAUGCAAAAGAACGCAAUUGCAGCUGUUUUGAAUCUUUCAAAGCAUUCAAAAAGCAAAAGAGUAAUAGCAGAAAACAGAGGAUUGGAGGCAAUUAUAAAUGUUUUAACGAUGGGUUACACAACAGAAGCCCGUCAAUUAUCUGCUUAUACUCUGUUUUACAUGGCUUCCAUUGAAGAGUACAGAAAGCUCAUAGGCCAAACCCCAGAAGCACUUAUGGGCUUAAUGAACUUACUCAAGGAAGAUUCAGAUCGUAGCAAAAAGAACGCAAUGGUUGCAAUAUAUGGACUUCUUACGCAUCCUGAAAACCACAGAAAAGUUCUCUCCAUUGGAGCAGUUCCUUCAUUGGUGAAUUUGCUUGAAACAUCCGAUAGGGAAACUCUCAUUGCAGAUUCAAUGGAGAUUCUUGCAACUCUAGCAGAGAAGCCGGAAGGAGCCGCCGCGAUCAUGCGAUGUGGGGCUUUGAGUUUAACAAUGGAGUUCAUGAGUUCAUGUAGCUCAAGUGCAGGACGAGAGUACUCUGUUUGUUUACUGCUAGCUCUGUGCAUCCAUGGCGGAUGUGAAGUAGUCCGAAUCGUUGCAAAAAGCGAGGCCGUAAUUUCAUCUCUGUACAUUAUUAUCAGAGAAGGCACAGCCCGUGGGAGAAGGAAGGCGGGUUCUUUGAUGAGAAUUCUCCAUGAACACUGCGAAGUAGUGGCCGCAAGCUCCGACCCAAUCCCUGUUCGCCUUUCAAAUGAACGAUCUGUUCAAGCCUGGUAAAUUUGUAAAUCGUUAUUUUUUUAAUUUUAUUUUUUAAAGGAUUUUUUUGGGGGUAAAUAGA